GAGGCGACAGUGUGCUCGACCUAUCUGCGGAUCCAGCGACGCACUGUGCUCGACCACGUCCCAGUGCAACCGUCUCGCAGUGCCCGCAGUGUGCAAAAAAAAACUCGGGACGGAAGGAUUUUGUUGUCUACGGGAGGACAUUCGUCGCCCUCCUCAAUCAGUCACUUACGUUUUUCUCCCCCUUUUUGUGGGAAACCUUCUCGGUCUUCUCCACCAGUCCGAUCUUGCUCUUUUUGUCGAUCACUCUGCAUCAUGUACGGAAAGUGAUCUCUUUGGCCGGUCGGACGAGCAGUACACUGCCGCUCAAGUUUAACAGAGUACACAGUGCGUUCAGAAUGCUGCAGUGCUUUGUUGCACUUGGGAAAAAUAUCUCAUGGAGAGACUCCUUGUUGCGCGCUGACACAAAUUCACGUUGGUGUACUCUCUUGGCAAAUUGAUCGUCUUGACGUGCGUUUUCCGCUUGUUCCUCGAUCUUCAUGCGCAAUGCAAAUUCGAGCCAGCGCGCCGCGUGCACCGGUGUGCGCCAGCUGUCUGAGUGGACGGUCGUAGAGAGGAAGCUGGAACAACCCACUUAAUCGAAGGCAGGCAGAUCUUAACGGGAACCAAAGAACUGAGCCAUUGCUCGCCCCAAAGCUAAUCGGGCGGUAGAAAGAGCUGUGUCUCCGUAGGAUCUGUCUUUCUGAACUUCCGGCGACCCGAGCAACGUUCCUCGGUGUCCCCGUGUGGCCCCACAUGUGUAUGUAUCUUCUGGGGAAGAGGCAUUCCCUCAAGUGAAUGCGUUGCCGCUAGUCCAUGUGUAAGUGGCUAUGUAUGUCCGUUGAUAUUGGUGUACGUUUCAACAGAGUGCCGACAGUGCGAAGAGUUGCCCAUUUUCAUGCUGCCUCCUGCUGGGUCACUGCACGACGUCAAGCGCGGCCGUCGGCCCGUCGAUUGCGGACUACGUCUUGCCGGACUGGCGAAUAAGUCGACGACGCUUUCUGUGUAGAAGGAUUAUACCUGAUCAGAGCAAUGCGCUGCAUCGGGUUCGUCACAAGCUUUUCUCGGUUCACCCCCGAUUGCGGUCGUUGUGACGGACACUAAAUCGGCGGCAUCCAUGUCGGCUGGUUUAAAAGCACUCAAUCCGAAGCCCAAAUAACUCUCCAUAAAGCCACGGUUGUGGCGAUCCAUCGGGUGAAAUGUGUGGUCGCGGUUAUUCUCUUACCCUUGCAUGAAGCCGAUGUCCGCAUUAUUAAGGACAAACGUUUUAUUUAUGAACCCGUUUCCACGAAUCUGCAUCUGCACAACUGAUCUUGAAUCCCGUGCAUCGGACCAGUCAGACGAAAAGAAGUAUCGGGCACCGUUGUAAUUUGCUUGUGUGCCCACUUCAUCCGGGCUAUCCGCCGUGUCUGACGCGAUAUAAAGCUCUGGCGGUCAGAUGAAGAACUCCUACGUGGAUAAUGUAAUUUUUUGAGUCAGACGUGGAGACCGAAGUCCAAGACUUGAUAAGUCCACAUCCUUAUCUCUGUUCGGAGAGGUUCGCCGACGGAAACCACAUUGUCGGCGCUGGCACUUUCGUCGCGAUCAGCUACCGUAAUGUGAUUGGAAUCAACUCUGCAAAAAUCGUUAGUUGCCAUCCUCUCAUUCGGCUGCAACUUCCUCGUCACGUUCUUCCGCUAUGUCCAAAGGUAACAACGUGGCGCCGCAGCAGGCAACGUUGCCAUGCGGUGCGUUUCGUCCCGGUGCAACAGCAAGUUCUCUGUCGGCAGAAAGUGGCCGACAUUUUGCAUCGGAAACAUCGUGGUUUGCUAAAGGACGAGAACACGAGGCAGAGCAGAGUCGCAGGCUUCCGCAUGGGCGGACUGCAGAAAAUUUAAUAACGGAUGCAAAAGUAGACAUUGCAGUCGCAUGUCUCUGCACCCGACCCAUGGAUGCCCAAGCAGGGAAAUCCGACCGUACCCGGUCUCUCGCUGAGUGUUGCCCUCACUCACCGAGAACUGGUAUCAACGGCGAAACGAAUAGUGGCUCCGUAGAAGGUCUGCUGGAUACCACGACUCAGUCUGAUGUCUUGCAAAAGCCACGCGAAGAAAUACCGCCAGCUGGCUGGUUGGUCUCGGACUCGUCAAGGCCGAUGAAAGCCACCAAGGGCGCAGAGGCAGAGGAGGAGGUCGCUUCACUCACAUCGACUGCGUCGGGAGUUGGGAUAGAUGCCUCUCUAUCGACAACCAAACGGGGUGCCGCUUCACAGAUUUGCUUGCCCACAGUCCUUUCCGAGUGGAACAGCAGCGACCGCGGUACUAUGUUCCCAAUUUCAGGUGGUACAACGUCCCCUUCCACCGCAACUGUAUCUGCGGUUGACCACAUGCGGCAGGCAAAACUGUCGUCUACGACUGAGGCUAUCCUUGUUCCCGGUGGGGAUGUCCCAUCUCCUUCACUUGCUUUAACGGAUAAGAUUGUGAAGCCGCAGCAACUGCACGAUGGCCUGUCCCCCUCACGUCCAACUCCUGCCUUCUCGCCCUUCGAAAUUCUCUGGGACGGAAAGCGCGUAGACGUACGAGAUUUGCAUGAUUCCACAUGGUCUGCAUCGAGCAGCCUGAGCACAUCGCCUUCAGGGACACCUUCGUCAUGUCGUUCCCGAGCGCUGAAUAGCCUUGGACGGCUCGGGUUAGUUUCUGAAAGCUUGAGCAACUCCAAUGUGCAACCAACAUUCUCAAGUGGCUCCCACGCAUCUUCUUUGUCUCUUCCGUCGGUCUCCGAGGGGCCGUCGUAUCCUGCCAUUUUGACAAAGCUAUCAAAGGAUGGACUAAGCCCCUCUUCAAAUGAAGAAGGAUGCACUGACUUGGCAGUACCCCAGACAAAGAAGUCCGGAAGUAUGGGAGCUCCACAUUUUCCAACUGCAGACCAGCAAAGCGCGUCGAGUCCUGCUCCGUGCGCCGGAGCGGCGGAUUGCUCGCAGAAUCUUCGGGCGGAUCAACUGUGUCGGUUUCCAACAGAAGACCGGGCGCUAUGCGGCGCGGCCGGAGUUUCCUCACUUCCCUGCUCUGUUUGGAGUACGACAACAGAAAACUCUCAACGCCCGAAUACUGUAGACCCAUUUGCUGGCGGGGUUCCGACAGCACGAUGCGGAUGCGCACCACCUCCCCAGCCGCCUCCGGGUCUGCCGCACAAGCCAGCAGCGUCCUCGUUCACCCGUUAUUGCGGCCUAGCGCUCCAAAAUUGUGAGCUCAAUGCUACUGCGGUGGAAUAUGGAUCACCACUGCACAGACUCCCACCGGUACAGCGACCCGAGGGACCCCUGGAGAAUGCAGCAACUCACAGCUGUUGCGUGGCAACUACAUGGUCACCGAAGGAUCCGGAAGGACAAUGUUCUCCUAUGUCAUCGAAGAGCGUGUAUGUUUCGCAUGAUAGUACAGUAGAGAACGCCUGCUACACACACUUGUUUGAACGGGUGUGUCGGCAACACGCGGAAGAGGCCACAGUGUCGGUUCCAGAAGUUUUCCGUAGAGUCGGGGAAGCUGCCUGCGCCAGAGCCGACCAUUCUGGAGCCUCGCCGGCGUGCAGCCGUCCGUGGUGUGGUUCGAAGCCUUCAGAACAUGAGACAUGCGACCUUAAGGCCUCUGAUGAAUGUGCGUGGAGAGACGUGGUGCCCACAGGUGACCUCACCCCCAGCACCUUGGGAUCGUCGCUGCACGCGGCCCGAGGUAGAAUGACACCCUGCAGCUGUGACUCUGCGUCGGCAGGCUGUGUCUCAACUGUACCUCGAUGUCCGUCAUCUCUGUCGCGUCCCUGCUCCCACGGCCAACAAGAGAGUGUGAUACCGGUGCCUCCGCCCUCCGAGAGGCUCUCCUGUGGCAAGUCCGCAACCCUCUUGGUCCCCAAUGCCUCUGGCGAUACGGCUACAGUGCAUUUGCACCAGAAGCGGAUUGGAGAACCUCCCACUGCAUCCGAAAGAACUUUUGCAUUCCAGUCCCUUCCGAUCGAAUCGUUCUGCAAGGCACAGGCCCUGGUCGAUUCGGGAACCGAUAGGAAUGCGACCUCGCCGACACAAGUCUUGACCCGGCCCGUACUUCCAAGCAGUCCGCCGCACGGUAACGGCUGUGCACAAGGACAACUAAACGAUGUAUACAUCUAUGAGCGACAGAAGGUAGUUCCAGAGCGGGAACGUGGAAAUCCGGACUUGGGUAACCGUUUCGCGACAUCUUGCAAUGGAUAUGCACAGUCCUACCCUGCGAGUUGCCCAGAGCGUUUCGUCCCUGCUCCUCCAAAAUCUUGCGCUGCCCGGCAUGUGCCUCUAGCAGUCCCUAUGCCGACUCUCACCCCCGUGCCGGUAUCCUUUCCCCCAACUGUAUCGUCAACACCGGUUUCGCUGUUGCUGACAUUGCCUCUCAAUCUGCCGUUUGGCCGAAUCAUCAAAUUUGGCGUGCCCUCAGCGCUGGCGCACCUGAACGACUCCGGGUCUUCUCAGCCCGCGUUGUCUCGAGGCGCGCUGUCGUUGCGCAAACAACGUGUGGGAGGUGGUCGGGGAGAUGGAAACAACAUUCCUUCAGCGCCUACUCUGCCGCCUAGAUUGGGGUCCACAUGCGAUCCUCAGGGUGGUUCUCCAACCUCGUCGGUGCGCUCUCUGGGGGCAAAGAAAAGCUACUUUUGCUUCUCGCCACUGCUUCACGAAGCUGCCUAUACGCUCCUUUCUCACGCCGGUGGCAUCUGCGAUACAUUUGCAGCUUCUCUCCAUCUGGAGUUGGCGAUUCUAUAUCUGCCUCCUGCGAUACUUCCUUGGGUCGGUGCAGCUUUCAAUCAUCUGACGGCUACUUUUCUGCCUCGCUUUGAUGAGCCUCUGAAGCUGGAAUGUGGAGGCUUGCAGGAGCGAAAUGCACCUGGCAGACUCGGCGGCAAAGUUCUUACAGUUGGCUGCGCCAUCAGGCAGGCCGGCGAGAGGCAAAAGUUCCAGCGCAUGCAGGAAUUUCUCUCCCAGUUCGAACGUGAAGUGGAGAAUCUUUUGCGAGCUUACGCGCUACAGCAUCCGACAACCCGGACACGAGGGUCCCAGCAGGUGUCCGGGGCAUACGGGAGAUGCACGGGACGAGGUCAAGAAGGCAUGAGACAAGCAGGAAUGUCGAGCCCGAAUACACACUGUACAACUUCAUCUUCAUCUGGAGAAGUGACGGCGGCAGCUGGGCCUUUUGAACUUUGUGACAGAUCGCCAAAAGGUUCCCCUGGCCCUCAGCCGGGCGAUGUAGGCGAUGGCGUCACGGGCUCUACAGUUUCUGGGUUACCACCUGGCUUUGGAGGAGCGGCAGCAUUCGGUCGCAAGCACAACGUCUGGCGUUAUUCUAUGGGGUGCGUGCCCUCGUCCGUGCUCCCCGGUCCUUCUUCUCCCGUGCCACCUCCAGAAUUGUCGUCGUCUGCCUCGCAAAUCGGCUCUUUCCACCAGCCAGGAUGGCAUGCGCCUUCCACGCCUGCCUCGGGCUCAAACGACUUUGUCUCCGGAUAUUUAGGUGCCCAGCACCUCGAUGGUAACGCAUAUGCAUCCAGAGGCAUGCAUGCAGAGAGUCCUGCUUCUCCAUCACAUAGACAGCGGGAAUGUGGCUCGACAAGACCGCUGGCAUUGUCCUGCGAAGGAGGCAACAGUGGGGGAUCUGCUGCAGGGCGUGGACUGUGGGGAUGCUUGGGUCUACCUGGUGGUUGUUUGGACUUAACGGUCCGAGCCUUUGAAACAAGAGCGUUAGAGAAACAUCCUCGUGAAUAUGCUCGUCUCGUCGUGCGCGACAUUUGCGUCAGCGAAGUCCGCCUCGUUACGACGAGGGGAAUUCCCGGAAUGACCUGCGAGAUUGAUCCUCGAUUUGAACAGUACUGCAUCGGGACCAGACCAAUUUUGACAACCCCUGACGGGCAACUCUGUCGUCAUUCCAUCGCCCCUCACUGGCUGUCAGACAUCUGGGAGGUACGCCUCAAAACACAGAGUCAGAUAACUCGAGAGCAACAGAAGCGCCUGGUGGAGCAAUAUGUGGUGGGGGAAAUCGAGUGUCGCCCCCAGGCUGAACAGCGACGGCUGUUAGACAUCAUCACUCGCCUUGGAGCGACUGUAUGGGUCAACGGCCGUCCCGCCGCCGCUGAAGCUCUUACGCCUCCGCCGCCUCUCCCGGUCAAGGUGCCUGACCCUCCGCGAUCCACUCAGGACUUCCAAAAUGUCGAUACCCCAAGUACUGGAGGCAAGCUGUCGGCGACCGUGAACGACAGAAGCAACGAUGCAGGGUUGAGGCUUGUCACGAACUAUGACAGCAGCCCAUUCAGUGACAAGACAAACAAGGAGGGCCGAGCGUGUCUGAAGUCGGUUGAAGGGGAAAGAUGCGCGAAUCGUGACACGCCAUACCCGCCAGGGUUGACGUUGGGAGACUUAACAGGGCCGCGGGACGAGGAGUCCCCGCGUCUUUCUUCUUCGUAUACGACGCCUCCCCGCUUUCCCUCCGACUCGGUACCCCGUCCGGGAGGAGCGACAGAUGAGGGUCGCUGGUUGAGAGAAGGAGAACAGUGGUUGGCGUCGUCGUACUCAUCCCGUCAGAGCCACCUGGCUAGCACCGUUGCAGGGGCCUCCACACAGGAUCAGGAUAUCCUACAUGCGGAGUCACCGAGUAGCAGGAACGACGACGCGAUGGAGAGAGGAAACGGCAGCGUGAGCUGUUCAACGAACUGUGGAGACAUUGCAGACCGGGAAGCUGUCGAAGAGCGGCUUUUCCAACUGUCGCUAUGUGCGUCGCAACGGUCCGAGCUUUCCACGAGACACUCCCAAGGAAGACCGCCAAAGCCAUACAGGUGUAAGGAAGAUGGUAUGCCUUUCACCAUCGCAAUGAAGAUCCCAGCGAGCCAUGACGAUCCACCUCCGCUUGUUGGCGUGGAGGCGGCGUCUGGGCCUUCUCACAAAUUUCAGGCCAGUAACAACGGGGCUGGUUUUUCGACCCCGCCAGCCUCCGAGAAAGCGCCAGAGUAUGGGUCGCGGGGCGUGGAGCAACGAUCCAAGGAAGACACGCCUUCGUGUUUGCCUCUACAAAAACAGCUGUCCUGCAGCAGACAGAGCCCUUCAGGGAGGACAGUCUCCUCGUUUUCGUCAAGUCAUGAAGAACUUGCAAGCAGUGGCAGCAGCAACGCGAGUUGGGGUAGCAUUUUCAGCGACAGUAGCACCACGACUUGCGGCAGCUGCCCAAAAUGUGAGAAUGUUUGUGUGGGGACUGCCGCCUCGGUGCGCACGACGAAGAAGUCGAGUAAAAAGGCAUCUGAGUCCCUACACCCUGCUCCGCCCUCGUUCAGAAUCUUGAAGGAGCAGGAGCCAGGCGCGUCCGCUCCGGAAAGUUGGAGUCAACGUCGCCCACCAGAGCAAACAGUUGGGGGUUGCCGCCUGCUCGACCACGAUGAGCAGAGGUGGAACUGCCCUGCACCUUCUCAGAACUGCGAUAAAUUCUCCGGACAAAGCAAUGCAACCGCUGCCUCACUGUGGAAACAGCUGCUUGUCGCCUCCACACACAAGAAGGCUUUCCAACCAUAUGAAUAUCAUCACGUCACCGUUUCCUCCACGGAUGGGGGUGACCGACAAGCACCCAUGGAAGAGGAGGCAACCGUCACACGAGACGAGAACCGAGGAAUGCAAGUUGCUUCCGGUUCUGCAACUGAGCAUGGAGACGACGAUCUUCAGCAGUUGCUGCUGUGUGCGUGGUUGAAAGAAGCAAAUCCUCUACUUCAUGUUACUGGAAAGGAUUCUGUGUAGUGGGUAACUCAGUCUGAUGAGAACGCAAUGCGCGACGGGACUCGUGAAGGCACCGUGGAUAGAGAGCGUUCUGACAAGAACGCCAUUCAUCGUCAGUUUAAGACGUUAGCACAGACUGGUGCUGCGUCUCAAAAGUCACAACUCGCCUCGUCGUGGGGUGAUUCCUCUGAGACUCCGUUUUGUGGGAACAGGUUCAGGAGCCGGGUUUCCGAACGAUGUUAUCUGUUGGAAGCGUCAACAAAAGGGAGAAAAGUGCAGGAAGAAAAACUCUGGAUGAGCCGCUCUUUUCUCGUCAGACUUAAAACUGCAGCAUCACCAUAGACUUUACGGGACGACUCUCGCUUCCUCCUGUGCAGCAGCGUCUGUUGGAUGGUAACCACCAGUAAACUCCGUCUGGCUACAGGGACGGACAAACAGGCGAUCUCUUAUGCAUGAGGAGCAAGGACAGCAAAAAAAGCAGAGGGAACAACGCAUGGAAGUGUACAGAAGGUCCCCCAGUUAGCUGACUUCGCUGGCCUUGUUCACGUGGGCAGCUACUACGAUACUCAUGGUGACAUGCUUAUUUUUGUUGCGACGUUCCGGGUUGCGGAAGAAGGGACGAACAAUCGUUGAUUGCCGCUGUAUUUGUCACGAGUGACACUCUGGUCCUUGGAGGGUAGAUUUGAAGAUUUGCUCCUUAGACGGAGUCGAGAGGGUGACCCGACCAAACCAGUGGAUGACACGAAUCGGAUAUGUUUCUAACAUCGGCAAUGAACAAGCACAAGGGAAAUGAAGGAUCGCUCCAGACACGUACAGUGUGUUUUGGAGGGACUGCCACAUACCACUCAGCCGUCCCGAUGCCACUUAAUGGGCCGAGUCCAAUGCAACCAAAAUACGUAUUUUCGUGAACUGAAUCAGAGCUUGGUCGAUCUGCUUGCAGGCACGAGUGCGCCAGGGGGAUAUCGGCAAGCUGGGGUUGUGUGAUUCAACUUAAAAAACUUCAAUAGAACUCACUGUUUGUGGGGCUGGAUGACCGUGUCUACGCAGCGAAAACAUCUUCUCGGUCGCGUCCUCACGUGCUUCUCGUUUUUGAGCUCUGGGGUAUAUUGAGCAUGCUUCACAUGGUGCAUUUCUUUUGCCCGUUCUCUGUACAUCUAGAGCUCUACAUGCUCGAAUGCAGCUCAGUGUCGCCCUGUGCUUUUGAAUCACAGUUUCCUUUUGCAAACACGAGAGUUGUGGGUAAUUCGAAGGAUUUGGAUGUUAUGUAUCAGCAGCUCAGGACGUUUCGGUUACUUUACGUAGCUGUAUCGUUUCUGUCCUCUCGCAGUGGGUUUUCUUCGUAAUGCGUAGUGGUUCGUUGGUCCACCCAUCGACGACCUACUGUUCUGGUGAAGAAAUGAGUUUUCUUCAAAGCGUGUUGUUGUACCAGAUCUGCGCCUUUGCUGUGUGUUUAUCUGCCAACAAGUGUUGGGUGGCACAAACGAUGACUCGUUUUUGCUCUUGUUAUCAUGUUUGUAUGUUGGUAACCAUCCGGUGCGUUUCCGUCGGUUGCUGUGCUCCAGCGCCGGAUGCUAUGCGGAUGUAAUUGAGAGUAAGAGGAAACAUUAUGUAGUGUUUGUGUCCUCUUGUUGCUGUAAUCCCGGGAUGUGAGAGAAGAAAUAUUUCUUGCCUGUGUGCCGCGUACUCUCACAGGCGACGCCGUUGUGUAUGAAUGAGGUUGACCGUCGGAACCGUCUGCUAUCCGAGGAGAACCGCGUGCAAGUGAAAGUGAACGUUAAGUAGCCAAUGUGCAUCUGGCAGCCGGCGUGCGUCCAAAGACUGCCGAUUGCUGUGGUUAUAAGGGAACUGUCCGAUUGGCGAGUCGUGGUACGCCUCCUCACUAGAGUAAAAAGAAGAAUGGGAAUGUAUUUGUCUGUAUACAGUAUGCGCAAGAGCGUUUCCACACAUGCAACAUACAGGCCCUUAGUCCUGCACGCCUGUAGUGAUUGCGACAUUUUUCCCAGUGUAAAUGGAACAGCUUGAGCGGUUCCCCCGGCAUUGCCUGUGCGGAUAUUCACGACUUUGCGAGCAGUUUUUCUUGUUUUGUCGGCUACCGCGGAAAGCGUCUAUGCCAGUCAGAACUCCUGGCUUGUAGCCGUCACCGGCUCCCUGUUCACUUGUCCUACCAUCGGACAUUCAACGCUCAAAUAUCUGAGUACAUGUGACUGUUGUUCUGUAGUGUCGCCACCCCCUUUAAGGGAUCACAGUGUCGCUUACCCAUGUAUGUUUGUGAUGCAGUUAUUUGCCCUUCUGUCGUGUCGUAGAUGCUUGUAUGCGUCUCUGACAAGGGACUCACGUUUUUGUUUGGGAGCACUGCAUGGAUUCCCUCAAUAUCAGCAUACCGUUGUCAUCCAGCUUGCUCCACUGUAUUGAUUACUGUUCUUAGCGAGUCAGUUCAGCACCUUCAGCACUGACAGUCACCGUCGUUACGUCCUUACGUUUUUGUCAGUACAUUUGUACCGGAGAUUUUGAGGCGCCGCUUCGUCUGGAGCAAUUGCCCUGAUCUUACGCGUAUCAGCGGGGAAUGUGUUUUGCUGCGGAUGUCAACAAGGCGCCGACCGCUCUCUUUUCUGUGACAUCGACCAGUCAAUGCUUGUACGAAUAUAGCUUGGAUGACGUGAUAGAGACAAUCUACCUCAUUUACGUACAUCGAGAAACGGGUCUCUCCUCACUGGCUGAUGUAUUCAUGCGAGUUCCUUUCUAGCCAGCAGUUGAUGCGUCGUGUUACAAACAUUUGGGGAGAGUUUCUUUAUCAGGAACGCCCAGCGGUUGAGCGCCAGAACCCUUGCCAUCGGCGUAAAUUCUUUAGCAUAUUCUCGCAAUUCAUUGUUGUACCUUGUGUUUCUUACAGUGUCCGUUGAUGAGACGCACUGCCUUCGAAUGUUCCGUGGUGCAAUUUAGUGCCGUGCCUCGAUUGAUGCCGUCGGGGCCACUUCGUGAAGAUGUUACUUCGCAGGAGGCAAUACAGAACUGCCCCAUAGACAAAUAAAAACGAUUCAAUAGGAUUGAGCGCAUGUGUUCGGGACCAGCGGUCGGUACACUGCUUCUUAGUUACGUUUUCUCGAUUGAGCUGUGUCAUCACCUACCGUCGUCUUGCGGCUGGAAUGCAGUGGUCAUUCACCACAGUGUUUUCGAUGGUGCCGAGGAUCUUUUGCAAUGUGGCCAAGUGUACAUAAUUGAUUUUUGUAUUCCCUUCAGAGAUCCAUGUGUGAUAAUACAUUGUUAGUAUUCCCUCUCAGAGCCCGAAUACGUGUAUCAUUACCGUCCGUUUUUGUACCGGUGAAAACAAAACGCUGACUGCCCCUGCUGGAAAGCUCCCUGUACGACAGUCUGAAACGGCAGUGUUUUGAAAUGGCGAGUCCAUCAUUCUGGAGGACGACUCAAGGUGGAGUUCCUUCUCAGAGCGAUUGUUUGGUGUUUUCAGGAAAACAAGUCAUGCUCUCUGAUGUGAUCGACUUCUUCCUUCCUCGCAGCUGUCUAUCAUCGAGCGAAACCAUGUCGACACUGCGUUGAUGAGAUUUUAAGAUCGAGGUUAAUCAUAGAAUAUAGUCUCAAACCGGAUGAAUUGUGUGAACUGCUCCGGACAACAAUAAACAUUUCGCCUUCAUUGCAGUUUGGUUGCCCGUUUUACAUGCGCACACACCGAUGCUGUUUGGAUGCCACCCUAGUAUUUUUUCAGACCAUAGCGAGAAGCACACUGUUCACUCUGUAGAACUGCGUGGUACGAAAGUUAUACACACAAGAGCUUGCGUAAAAUUUUGGAACGCUCCUCGCGUCGGUGUUCUUUGCAGCGCCCCGACGUAUGAAAAGCUGUACAUUUUGCAGUAGAGUUUACGGUUACUCAACUUACCGGCGCAGUUGCCUUAUAGCCGAUACUGAAAGAAAGAUGUCCUGCGUGACAUCCGUGUUGCGCGCCUUUCGUGCCCGCUAGGCAAUGCUUUCGGACGCAUGCAAGUACUCUGUUGUUUCCUGCCAUGCCGCUUACAACAACUACGAUUGGAAAGACCUGGAUGCCGGAUGUCAAACACCUAGCGGUACCGCGAACGUUUACCUUCGAUGGAAGAUUUACAAAAGAUAUGGGAAGCAAGAAACAGAGGAUGGUGUUCAACUACUCUGAGUUUCCCACAUAUUUGCGAAUCGUCAAGUUCUAUACUUCUUAUGGCUAUUUCGGUUACCUCUGUUUUUGCUGACCUACCCCAGAGAACACUUGGCCUGUCUCACGGGUAGAGUUUCAGUGACCCUGAAAGAUGA